AUGAAGAUGGGGCAGUUAACGGGGUUGUGUAGUCUCCUCCUCCUUAGCCUGGCUGUGCUGACCACCGCCAGACCCAAAACAGGUUCACAGCCCAAGUGCAAGUCCGGCCCUGUGGAUUUAGUCUUUCUGAUUGACAGCUCUCGUAGUGUUCGUCCACAUGAGUUUGAGACGAUGAGGAAGUUCAUGAUCGACAUUCUUAACGAACUGGACAUUGGACCAGAUGCAACCAGGGUCGGCGUGGUGCAGUACUCCAGCCAGGUGCGCAGUGAAUUUUCCCUGAAUACACACACAAAAAUGGACGCCAUUGUGAAGAACAUCAACGACAUCAUCCCCCUGGCCCAGGGCACCAUGACUGGACUGGCCAUUAAGUACGUCAUGAACUUCGCCUUCACAGAGGCAGAGGGAGACAGACCCAAGAUCCCUAACGUGGCAGUGAUUGUGACAGACGGACGGCCUCAGGACCGCGUGGCUGAGGUGGCAGCAGAGGCCAGAGAAAAGGGCAUCGAGAUCUUUGCUGUGGGCGUGGCCAGAGCAGACAUGACAUCACUGCGCGCCAUGGCCUCCCCUCCGUUUGAGGACCACGUGUUCCUGGUGGAGUCCUUCGAUCUCAUUCACCAGUUUGGACUGCAGUUCCAGGACAAACUCUGCGGAGUGGAUCUGUGCUUGGAGUCCGAACACGGCUGUGAACACAUCUGUGAGAGCUCCCCUGGAUCGUACCACUGCCUGUGUCUGCCCGGAUACACACUCAACGCAGACGGCAAGACGUGUAAAGCCAUUGACCUGUGUGCUGAAGGGAAGCAUGACUGUGAACAGAUCUGCCUCCCGACUCCCGGAGCCUUCACCUGUGACUGCAACAAGGGCUACCAGCUGAACGCAGACAAAAAGACCUGCUCAAUGAUCGACUAUUGCUCGUUCGGGAACCACAGUUGUGAUCACGAGUGUGUGAGUGUGCUGGGGGGAUUUAACUGCCGUUGUAACAAGGGCUACCGGCUGCUCGCCAACGGAAAGACCUGCCAGGCCAUAGACCUGUGUGCGGAGGGGAAGCACGACUGCGAGCAUGUUUGCUUAGCUGCUCCUGGAGUCUUCACCUGCGACUGCAACCAGGGAUACUCUCUGAACGAAGACGAGAAGACAUGCACACCCAUAGAUUUGUGCGCUGAAGGGAAGCACGACUGUGAGCAUGUUUGCAUACCGGCUCCUGGAGUCUUCACCUGCGACUGCAACCAAGGAUACUCUCUGAACGAAGACGAGAAGACAUGCACACCCAUAGACCUGUGUGCUAUGGGGAAGCACGACUGUGAGCAUGUUUGCAUACCUGCUCCUGGAGUCUUCACCUGCGACUGCGACCAAGGAUACUCUCUCAACGAAGACGAGAAGACAUGCACACCCAUAGAUUUGUGUGCUAUGGGGAAGCACGACUGCGAGCAUGUUUGCAUACCUGCUCCUGGAGUCUUCACCUGCGACUGCAACCAAGGAUAUUCUCUGAACGAAGACGAGAAGACAUGCACACCCAUAGACCUGUGUGCUAUGGGGAAGCACGACUGUGAGCAUGUUUGCAUACCGGCUCCUGGAGUCUUCACCUGCGACUGCAACCAAGGAUACUCUCUGAACGAAGACGAGAAGACAUGCACACCCAUAGACCUGUGUGCUAUGGGGAAGCACGACUGCGAGCAUGUUUGCAUAGCUGCUCCUGGAGUCUUCACCUGCGACUGCAACCAAGGAUACUCUCUGAACGAAGACGAGAAGACAUGCACACCCAUUGAUCUAUGCGCUGAGGGCAAACACGAUUGUGAGCAAGUCUGCGUUCCUUCUCCUGGAGCUUUCACGUGUGACUGCAAAAAGGGGUUUAAACUCAACAAGGACAAGAAGACAUGCACAAAUAUGGACAUGUGUAAGAGUGUGGUCCACGGCUGUGAGCACCAGUGUGUGAGCACCCCUGGAUCCUACUACUGCAUCUGCCCUGAGGGUCAGCUGCUGCAGGACGACGGCAAGAGCUGUGGCACUUGCAAAUCUGCCAACAUCGACCUGGUCCUCGUGAUCGACGGCUCCAAAAGCGUUCGGCCACAGAACUUUGAGCUGGUGAAGAAGUUUGUGAACCAGGUGGUGGACUCCCUGGACGUGUCGGCCCACGGGACCAGGGUGGGACUGGUGCAGUACUCCAGCCGCGUACGCACAGAGUUCCCCCUCAACAUGUACCACACUGCUGACGAGAUCAAGGCUGCAGUCAUGAAGGUGGAGUACAUGGAGAAGGGCACAAUGACCGGCCUGGCUCUCAAGCACAUGCUGGAGAACAGUUUUGCCGAGGCCGAAGGGGCCCGUCCAGCCAGCCGCAACAUCCCGCGCAUCGGCCUGGUGUUCACUGACGGCCGCUCCCAGGACGACAUCACCGAGUACGCCAAGAAGGCCAAGGAGGCUGGCAUCACCAUGUACGCUGUGGGUGUGGGGAAAGCUGUGGAGGACGAGCUGAGGGAGAUUGCGUCUGACCCUGUGGAGAAACACUUCUACUACACCACGGACUUCUCGGCCAUCAGCACCAUUGCAGAGAACCUCAAACUCAAUGUUUGUCCAGCGGAGAGCCAGGGGGAGAUCGAGGUGAAGGACCCCUGCGCCUGUGACAAUCUGGUGGAGUUCCAGCAGGCCACCAUGAGCAGCCUAGAGCAGCUCACACAGAAACUAGCUGGAAUGGCCGCACGUCUGGAACAGUUGGAGAACCAGCUACUGUCCAGGAAGUAA